CUCCUCCCUUUCUCAAUGACACGCGGGCCCCGCUUACCAGUUCAACAACUUCCCCGUGAGCACGCGCAUCUCGAGGACGGCCCAUAUAAGGCCCAGCCCACCUCCUCCCCCUUCUUCUUCUCCCCCACGCUGAAGACGACGCCAUCCCUCGCCAGCUCGCCUCCUCCACUCCUCCCCAACCCCUCGCCGACUCAGAUUCCGCUGCCCCGCGCCGCCGCCGCCGCCGCCGCCAUGCCGUUCACCCCGGGCCCCUACUCCGGCGUCAGCACCCUCGCUCUCGUGGCGAGGGCGUCGGCCUUCGGCGUCGGCGUCGUCUACGGGAGCAUCAAGCUCUCCAUCCUCAAGGCGACGAAACCUAAAAAGGAGGAAGCACAGGCUCAUCACUAAGGAUGGCAGGGAUGCAAUGUGUUACCUGCAGUUCAAGGAUGUCAUAAAUUGGCAGUGGACCCCUUCUUCAUACGUGCAUUUGGGUUUAUCAUUUGUGGACCUCUUGUCUGUAACACACCUGCUGAGUUACCUUAGUUUUGCGUCAUAAUAAGUUCUUGAUCCCAUGACUUGAAAUGAGGAAGUAAAGGGCAAAAGCUGGAAAGAAUCCUUUUUUGCCAACGAUUUUGAAGUUCAGCAAUUAUAUAUGGUGAAGUUUUGCAUGCC